UAUUAUUGGUCCCUAGUUUCCAUUUCUCUAGCUCGCCAAGCUCUGAUCGACAACGAUGGCGGCGGCUACUGCAAACAUCAUACGACCCAAGCCUUCUCCUUUGUCUUACUCCUUCAAAUCUUCGGUACCCAGUUCUAAAUCCGUCCUUCCCUUUUCAAAAAUCCCUCGAAAGCUCACGCCUUCACGUUCCCUCACCGUUUCCAGCUCUCUUUCACAAUCAAAUUCCGCCUCCUCCUCCGUCACCCCAACUACAUCCUCUUCCCAUGAUUUCGUUUCGCGUUAUGCCCCUGAUGAACCGCGAAAGGGCGCUGAUAUCCUCGUGGAAGCCCUCGAACGUCAAGGGGUCAAGGUCGUGUUUGCUUACCCAGGUGGAGCGUCAAUGGAGAUCCACCAGGCUUUAACUCGAUCCAAAGUGAUCCGAAAUGUCCUCCCAAGACACGAGCAAGGAGGGAUUUUCGCGGCGGAGGGAUACGCGAGGUCCUCCGGCCUUCCCGGCGUUUGUAUUGCAACUUCCGGUCCGGGGGCAACUAACUUGGUGAGCGGUCUCGCCGAUGCGAUGCUGGAUAGUAUCCCUGUAGUGGCGAUCACCGGUCAAGUCCCUCGGAGAAUGAUUGGAACCGAUGCUUUUCAAGAGACUCCGAUUGUUGAAGUAUCAAGAUCUAUUACAAAGCAUAAUUAUCUUGUGCUUGAUGUUGAUGAUAUCCCUAGGAUUGUUAGUGAAGCUUUCUUUUUAGCUACCUCCGGCAGACAAGGCCCUGUUUUGAUCGAUAUACCGAAGGAUAUACAACAGCAACUUGCUGUUCCUAAGUGGAAUCAGCCGCUCCGAUUGCCUGGUUAUAUGUCCAGAUUGCCUAAGGAUCCCAGUGAGGCUCAUUUGGAGCUGAUUGUGAGAUUGAUUUCGGAAUCCAAGAAGCCUGUGUUGUAUGUUGGUGGUGGGUGUUUAAACUCCAGUGAGGAGUUGAAGAGAUUUGCCGAGCUUACCGGGAUACCGGUCGCGAGCACUUUAAUGGGUCUCGGCUCGUUUCCUAACUCGGAUCCGUUGUCAUUACAAAUGCUCGGGAUGCAUGGAACCGUGUAUGCUAAUUACGCUGUUGAUAAGAGUGAUUUGUUGCUUGCUUUUGGUGUGCGGUUUGAUGAUCGUGUGACUGGAAAACUCGAGGCUUUUGCCAGCCGGGCCAAGAUCGUGCAUAUCGAUAUUGAUUCGGCUGAAAUCGGGAAGAAUAAGCAGCCUCAUGUGUCGAUUUGUUCGGAUGUCAAAUUGGCGUUGAAGGGGAUUAAUAGGAUAAUGGAGAAUAAGGGAGCUAAGCUUAAACUCAAUUAUUCGGCUUGGAGGGAGGAGUUAAAUGAGCAGAAGGUGAAAUACCCUUUGAAUUAUAAGACCUUUGAGGAAGCGAUUCCACCUCAAUAUGCGAUUCAGCUUCUCGACGAAUUAACCGAUGGGAAUGCGAUAAUAAGUACCGGUGUUGGCCAGCAUCAGAUGUGGGCUGCUCAGUUCUACAAGUACAAGAAGCCACGCCAAUGGUUGACAUCAGGGGGAUUGGGAGCAAUGGGAUUUGGAUUGCCUGCUGCCAUCGGAGCUGCUGUUGCAAAUCCCGGGGCAGUUGUUGUAGACAUCGACGGUGACGGAAGUUUCAUGAUGAACGUCCAGGAGUUGGCGACGAUCAGCGUGGAGAAACUUCCCAUCAAGAUAUUGUUGUUAAAUAAUCAGCAUCUGGGCAUGGUUGUCCAAUGGGAGGAUCGGUUUUACAAGGCCAACAGAGCUCAUACGUAUUUGGGCAACCCAUCGAGCGAGUCCGAGAUAUUCCCGAACAUGUUGAAAUUCGCAGAAGCAUGCGGAAUACCCGCUGCUCGUGUGACGAAGAAGGAAUAUCUCCGAGCCGCCAUCCAAAAAAUGCUGGAAACACCCGGACCUUACUUGUUAGAUGUAAUCGUUCCCCAUCAAGAACAUGUUUUGCCUAUGAUCCCAAGCGGAGGGGCUUUCAAAGAUGUGAUCACAGAGGGUGAUGGAAGAACAAAAUAUUGAUUUUCCAUGUUCUUUUCCACUGGAAUAAUACGUAGGAAACCUGUUUGUGGGCUUAUAAUCUAGUUUUUCUCUUUUGAAAAAGUAGGUAUUUAA